AUGGAACCGGUUCUUGAAUCAACACCGUCCGUGAACUCAAACCCGUCGCCUAUACCGCCUCCGGUGAACACGGUGCCGCCUUUUCUGAGCAAAACCUAUGAUAUGGUUGAUGAUCCUUCCACCAAUGAGAUCGUUUCUUGGAGCAGUGGUAACAACAGCUUCAUUGUCUGGGACGUGCCUGAGUUCUCGAAGGUGUUCUUGCCUAAGUACUUCAAGCACAACAAUUUCUCCAGCUUUGUCAGACAGUUAAAUACAUAUGGAUUCAGGAAAGUUGAUCCAGAUCGAUGGGAAUUUGCGAAUGAGGGAUUCUUAAGAGGCCAAAAGCAACUACUGAAGGGUAUUGUAAGAAGGAAAUCUUCUUCGAAUGUGCAACAGAAUCAGCAACAAACUCAAGUUCAGAAGCCACCUCUUGGUGCUUGUGUCGAGGUAGGGAAGUUUGGAAUGGCAGAAGAAGUGGAAAGACUCAAGCGGGAUAAGAAUGUUCUUAUGCAGGAACUUGUCAGGUUAAGGCAGCAACAACAAGCUACAGAACAGCAAUUGCAGGAGGCAGGACAGAAAGUUCAGGUGAUGGAGCAGAGGCAACAGCAAAUGAUGUCGUUUUUAGCGAAGGCUGUUCAGAGUCCAGGCUUCUUAAACCAGUUAUUACAACAACAGAAUGAUGAUGGAAACAGACAGAUUCAAGGAAGCAACAAAAAGAGGAGACUUCCGGGAGAUGAACAAGAGGUAGCUAAUGAUGUUAACCGUCAGAUUGUGAAGUAUCAGCCAUCGAUAAACGAAGCAGCAGAAACUAUGCUUCGACAGUUCUUGGAUAUGAGUAGCUCACCACAGUCUGAAUUGGUUUCAGACAACCCUAGCUCUCUGAACUCCUCUAACACAGUUUCUGGAGUAACACUGCCUGAGGUUUCACUGGACUCGGCUCAUUCAGCAAUGAACCAAGUACCUGAGGCAGGUUUGGCUCAUCAUCCUCAAGAUGGUCCAAAACCAGGCCAAGGAGUAGCAGCUGCAGUUUCUUCUUGGAGCCCUGAAUCUGAAUUAGUUGGAUGUGAGACAGGUGAUGGAGAGUGUUUGGAUCCAAUAAUGGCUGCUUUAGGUGGGUCAAUGGAAAUGAAAAGCGAUGCAAUUACUCCUAAAGUUGAGGGAGAGAUGGAAGAGUUACUAAACGGGGUUCCUGAGCUGCCUGGAGUACAAGAUCCAUUCUGGGAACAGUUUUUUGCUGAUGAAGCCCCAGUGAGUGGAGAGGCAGACGAGACUAUAUCAGGGUCAGUGGAGAAUAGUGACCUGCCAAUGGAGCAAGAACCAAACAAGUGGACUGGGAAUCAACAAGUGAACCAUCUUACUGAACAAAUGGGACUUCUUUCUUCAGAAACACAGAUGAAAUGAAGGGGAGAUUGUGAAGGAAAUAUGAAUGGAGGAGGAGAUAUAUCAAAGGUUGUCUGUUAUUUCUUUACCCUUUACGCUUUGACUUUGAGAUGCACAAAACCUAAGAAGAGAAAAGAGAGCAUACAACCAAACGUUAAAGAUGUAUUACCAUACUUGUGAAUAGUCUUCAAGUAGAGAUUACUCUUCUGUUUUUGUUACUUUUGUGUUAAAACGUCCUUCAUGUUUAAUCAUUAUAUCACUACGAUAAUCUCUGGUACCUGACCGUCUCGAUGAAAACAAACUGAUAGACAUGAAUCAUACAUGUUCGUAUCUUUUGCUAUAAAGAUAACAAGAUGGAUUAAUACAUAAACCAUUCACACAAUGAGAAGUUGAGACUCGAUUCGAUUGAAUGGGAAGGACGAUGGAGUACAAAGAAUCUGUACAAUAAAUAUAUAUCUUUAGUGGAUAGUUGGUACUUGUAUAGGUUCCUCGAGUCGUAUUCGCUUG